CACAACUGCCCUAAAAGCCAGGGCCCAACACUCAGGUUCUAAAGCACGGGCUGAAUGGGGCAACAUAGGACUAGCUCUGGAGUGAGAAAAGGAGUGAAGAGAGCGUUUGAGGCACGGGCUGAGCCCUUUUCUGCCUGCCUGAGCCCUGUGCCUGUCUCUGUGUGGAGGGACCUUUGGGGACCAGUCGGGGCUUGGAUGGAAGAGCAGGGUGUGUUGGGGUCAGCUAAUGAGGGGAGGGGGUCCCUGAUUCCCCUUGGCCUGAGACAGCGGCGGGACGUGUGAGUCUCCCUAGCAGGAGCAGGUUGGGGUGUGGCUGUGGCUGUGCGCGCCGUGGGAAGGGGCGCAGGCUGGAGGACUCGAACCUCAGCAUUUCCGAGACCAGCUGCUGGAAGUCCAGGUCCUGGGCCUACCGGGGUCUGGCUAGCUCCCAGGCCUCGAAGCCUCAGGUCCUGCAGACCCUCACAACAACGUCUUCGAGAAGGGCCUGGGAGAAGGGGGCGGGGAGCUAGGGGAGUGUAUUUUCCUUCUGGGCAAGAGAAUUAAUUGCUCAUAGUUGAAAGGCAGGAAGUACCUGCACAGCCUCCCCUCCUCCCCAGAUCUGCAGGUCAAGGUUAUGACUCUGACAUCCGUGCACAUAAAGGCUUAGGACCCUUGCACUGGUGCCCACAGGCCCGCUUUUGGGACACACUCCUGGUGCCCAAGUGCUUUGUCCCUCUCCCCAAGUCUAUAUCCCAAGGAUUUCCCUCCCAGCAAAUUGAAGCCAGUUGUCUGCUUGGCAUGUCAACAACCUCCUGCCUCCUGCCUUCCCGAUUUCCCCGAGAAAAGCUGCUGCCCUGCGGUAGUGGGUGGAGGAAAGGCCCCACCACCUCUGUAUGAGGGAGGCCCCAGACUUGCCCCCAGGGUAGCUAAGACCUUACUCUGAGGGGGCUGUCCCCCUCAGGCCUAUGAUGGGCAGGUGCAGCUGCAGGGGAAGGGAGGCAGAGCAGCCUCUUCCGGCAGCAGGAAGUGGUAACCGCCUAUGUGGAAAUUGUGGGGCUGAGCAGAAGGGGAACCAGAGGAAACCCUGCUCCCCCACCAAGGGGGCCUGGAGGGAACAGCCAACAGCUGCUGAGAGAUGCGCUGGCAGCUGAGCGAACAGCUACGCUGCCUGGAGCUGCAGGGCGAGCUGCGUCGGGAGCUGCUGCAGGAGUUGGCAGAGUUCAUGCGGCGACGCGCCGAGGUGGAGCUGGAGUACUCUCGGGGCCUGGAAAAGCUGGCUGAGCGUUUCUCCAGCCGCGGAGGCCGCCUGGGGAGCAGCCGGGAGCACCAAAGCUUCAGGAAGGAGCCGUGCCUCCUGUCACCCUUGCACUGCUGGGCAGUGCUGCUGCAGCACACACGGCAACAGAGCCGGGAGAGCGCGGCCCUGAGCGAGGUGCUGGCUGGGCCCCUGGCCCAGCGCCUGAGUCACAUUGCUGAGGACGUGGGGCGCCUGGUCAAGAAGAGCAGGGAUCUGGAGCAGCAGCUGCAGGACGAGCUCCUGGAGGUGGUCUCAGAGCUACAGACGGCCAAGAAGACAUACCAGGCGUAUCACACAGAGAGUGUGAAUGCUGAGGUCAAGCUCCGGGAGGCCGAGCGGCAGGAGGAGAAGCGGGCAGGCCGGAGUGCACCCACUGCCACCGCUGCUGCCACUGAGGCAGGGCCCCUCCGCAGGACCUCCCUGAAGAAGGGUGGGCGGCUGGUGGAGAAGCGGCAGGCCAAGUUCAUGGAGCACAAACUCAAGUGCACAAAGGCACGCAACGAGUACCUGCUGAGCCUGGCCAGCGCCAAUGCUGCUGUCAGGAACUACUACUUGUGUGACGUCUUGGACCUCAUGGACUGCUGCGACACAGGGUUCCACUUGGCCCUAGGGCAGGUGCUCCGGAGCUACACGGCUGCUGAGAGCCGCGCCCAGGCCUCUCAAGUGCAGGGCCUGGGCAGCCUGGAAGAAGCCGUGGAGUCCCUGGAUCCUCCAGGAGACAAGGCCAAGGUGCUCGAGGUGCACGCUAUCGCCUUCUGUCCCCCACUGCGCUUUGAUUACCAGCCCCACGACGGGGAUGAGGUAGCUGAGCUCCGUGUUGAAAUGGAGCUUCGGGAUGAGAUUCUGCCCAGAGCCCAGAACAUCCAGAGCCGCUUGGACCAACAGACCAUCGAGACAGAGGAGGUGAACAAGACGCUGAAGGCCACGCUGCAGGCCCUGCUAGAGGUGGUGGCCUUGGACGACGGGGAUGUGCUCGACUCCUUCCAGACCAACCCUUCCACCGAGUCCCUCAAGUCCACCAGUUCAGACCCAGGCAGCCGGCAGGCAGGCCGGAGGCGUGGCCAGCAGCAGGAAACUGAGACCUUCUACAUCUCGGUGGGGUUGGCUGGGCUGAAGCUCCAGGAGUAUCUGAGUGGACGGAGCAUCCUUGCCAAGCUGCGGGCCAAGCUCGAGAAGCUGCAGGAGGCCCUUCAGCGAGGUGACAAGGAGGAGCGGGAAAUGUCAUGGACCCAGUACACCCAGAGAAAAUUCCAGAAGAGCCGCCACCCCCGCCCCAGCUCCCAGUAUAACCAGAGACUCUUUGGGGGAGACAUGGAGAAGUUUAUCCAGAGCUCAGGCCAGUCUGUGCCCCUGGUGGUGGAGAGCUGCAUUCGCUUCAUUAACCUCAAUGGUCUGCAGCAUGAAGGCAUCUUCCGGGUGUCGGGGCCCCAGCUCCGGGUCUCAGAGAUCCGUGAUGCCUUCGAGAGAGGGGAGGACCCGCUGGUGGAAGGCUGCAGUGCCCACGACCUGGACUUGGUGGCCGGGGUGCUAAAGCUCUACUUCCGGAGCCUGGAGCCCCCACUCUUCCCCCCAGACCUGUUCAGCGAGUUGCUGGCUUCUUCGGAGCUGGAGGCCACAGCAGCGCGGGUGGAGCAUGUGAGCCGCCUGCUGUGGCGGCUGCCGGCACCAGUCCUGGUAGUUCUGCGCUACCUGUUCACCUUCCUCAACCACCUGGCCCAGUACAGCGAUGAGAACAUGAUGGACCCCUACAACCUGGCUGUGUGCUUUGGGCCCACACUGCUGCCCGUGCCCGCUGGACAGGACCCGGUGACACUGCAGGGCCGGGUGAACCAGCUGGUGCAGACGCUCAUAAUGCAGCCCGAUCGGGUCUUCCCACCCCUAACUGAGCUGCCUGGACCCAUCUACGAGAAGUGCAUGGCACCACCUUCCACCUGCUGCCUGGGGGAUGCCCAGCUGGAGAGCCUGGGGGCAGACAAUGAGCCAGAGCUGGAAGCUGGGACACUGACCCAGGAGGAUGACCUGGAGGGGGUUGUGGAGGCUGUGGCCUGCUUUGCCUACACGGGCCGCACGGCCCAGGAGCUGAGCUUCCGGCGUGGGGACAUGCUGCAGCUGCAUGAGAGGGCGUCGAGCGACUGGUGGUGGGGAGAGCACGAGGGCGCACGGGGCCUCAUUCCCCACAAGUACAUCGCGCUGCCUGUGGGGGCAGAGAAGCAGGGGGUGGGCGCAGGCAUGCAGACUACAGAUGACUCGGAGAGCAGCCCCGAGGGCCUCCUGGCAUCAGAGCUGGUCCACCGGCUAGAACAAUGCACCUCACCUGAGGCCGUGGGACCCCCUGGACACAGGCGACACUGCUUGGUCCCAGCCUGCCUGGAGCAACAUGUGGAGGUGGAUAAGGCUGUGGCGCAGAACAUGGGCUCUGUGUUUAAGGAGCUCUUGGGAAAGGCCUCCGCCCGCCAGGGCCUUGGGCCAGCACCUGUCACCUCUCCCAGCCCUGGGUCCCGAAGCCCAAAGGCCCCGGUCAGCAGCCGCCUGGGAAGGAACAAAGGCUUCUCCCAGGACCCUGGGGCCCCAGCCUCACUCUCAGUGUCCCACCCCCAGGGUCUGGACUCAACCCCCAAGCCACACUGAGGUGCUGGGCCAGCCACUCUCCCUGGCCCCCUUGCUUCACUCCAGCCCUUGCCAGCAAGUGCAGGAUUCCUGCACUUCACCCUAUGCAGAGAGGUGGGAUGAGUCAACUGUAUAGGGAUGCCCACCCCAUACCCUGCCUGCCCUUCAGCCCUGGCCCAGGCCCCUUUGGGAGGCAGCUGAGGAAGGAGGCUGGGGAAACCCUCUUCUACGACUUUGAGGAGGGCUGGUCAGUGGCUGCUGGUUGGCGGGUGCCCUCGCUCAGAUGCCUGGCAGAACUGCGUUGUGAUUCAUAAAGACCUGUGUGUUGACUCCC